AUGACAAAACCCAAGAAAAAGAGCACAGUCGAUGUCGAGUCGCAUCAACAGCAACAACAACAAGCAGUUCGGAAUCCCUAUUCCAGCAGCAUGGAACCUGAAGUCCUUCCCAUCUACCAUCCCAUCAACAUUCUCAAACGCUCCCUCUAUAUUGGUAUCUCCCUCUACGUAUUGGAAAAGCUCGAUGCCCACAAGGCCAUUUUCCAUGCCCCGGAUGUCAGCCAUGAAUGGUUCAAAAUUGGUUUGGGCGGGACCAUUGCCAUUAUGAUGAUCAAGGCAUAUGUCGAAUUGUACUCGGGAAAGUUGCAACAACAAAAAGUCAAUUACGAAAAUUUCAAACAAACCACCCACGCGGUCCUAUUCUUGUUGAUAUCCACAUCGAUUGCCUUUCAUGUGGCACUGUGGCCACACUAUGGGACCACUACCUUUUUGGUCCUUUUCUUGGUCGGAGUGGUCCUCCUUCAAACGGCCCUAUUGAUACCACCGUACUUGCAGAAUCUUAUUUGUAUUGUUGGAAUGACAUUUUUCCUGCAAGAGUACAAAUAG